UAACACUACAAAGAAAGAUAGCCCGAAAUGGAAUGCGUUAUUCGAAACAACGUGAAAGUGAAAUCUCCACUCUCCAUUUUUCUUUAGUGUCUUCAUCUUCUUCUUGUGCUAUAUAUUCCCAUUUUUGGACCAGACCCUUUGAUGUGUAUUUAUUAUUAUAAGAAUUACUUCUUGAAGGCGGGGGUGGUAGCGUGCUAGCUACUUGUUCCUCAAAAGGAGAGGAAUCAUUCUGUUCACUUUGUUAAGCGGAAAAAUUUUCCAAACAUUUGUUAAUUCAAUUGCUCAGCAUUUUUUUUUUUGAAGAUUGAGAGGUCAAUAUAGCAUUGGAGAUAAGGAAAGAAGCUGGUUAAUAGUAAGUAUAAAUGGCAACGCUCGCAGAUAUAACGGUUUCCGGAGCUAUAAAUGUACUGAGUGCAUUCAUUUUCUUAUUGGCGUUUGCAAUUUUGAGGCUGCAACCUCUCAAUGAUAGAGUUUACUUUCCAAAAUGGUAUCUGAAGGGCGUAAGAGGCAGUCCCUUGCGCUCUGGGGCGCUUGUUCGUAGGGUUGUGAAUUUAGACUUCAGGUCAUAUAUCCGGUUUUUAAAUUGGAUGCCGGAAGCGCUUAAAAUGCCGGAGCCCGAGCUUGUUGAUCAUGCAGGAUUGGAUUAUGCUGUUUACUUGCGCAUUUACUUGAUGGGACUUAAGAUUUUUGUACCUUUAACAUUCCUUGCUUUGGCUAUCCUGGUGCCAGUCAAUUACACCAAUAAUGCUCUAGAGGCAGUCAAGAUGGUGGCCAACGUGACUGCUAGUGACAUUGACAAGCUUUCAAUUUCGAAUAUACCACUUAAAUCACAAAGAUUUUGGACGCAUAUAGUGAUGGCUUAUGCCUUUACUUUCUGGACAUGCUAUGUGUUGCUUAGGGAGUAUGAGAUAGUUGCUUCGAUGAGGUUGCAAUUUCUUUCCUUGGAAAGACGUCGUCUAGAUCAAUUCACAGUCCUUGUUAGGAAUGUACCUCCUGAUCCAGAUGAAACUGUCAGUGAGCUCUUGGAGCACUUUUUUCUAGUGAAUCACCCAGAUCAUUACCUCACUCAUCAGGUGGUGUGCAAUGCCAACAAACUAGCCAGCUUGGUCAAGAAGAAGAAAAAAAGGCAGAACUGGCUUGACUACUACCAACUCAAGUACUCCAGGACUCAAUCGCGGAGGCCUCAGAUGAAGACUGGUUUCCUUGGGCAUUUUGGGGGAAAAGUGGAUGCAAUCGAUCAUCACAUAUCAGAGAUUGAGGAACUGUCACAAGAAAUAGAAGAAGAGAGGACAAGGGUUUUAAAGGAUCCAAAGUCUAUCAUGCCAGCAGCAUUUGUUUCAUUCAAGACUCGAUGGGGUGCAGCUGUGUGUGCACAAACUCAACAAUCAAGAAAUCCAACUUUGUGGUUAACAGAGUGGGCUCCGGAGCCACGAGAUAUAUAUUGGAAAAACUUAGCCAUUCCGUACAUGUCACUCAAAGUUAGGAGGCUGAUAAUUGGAGUUGCAUUCCUUUUACUUACCUUCUUUUUCAUAAUACCUAUUGCAUCUGUACAAGCUCUAGCAAGUAUUGAGGGAAUAGAAAAAAGAGCCCCUUUUCUGAAGUCUGUUAUCGAAAUAAAAUUUAUCAAAUCUGUUAUCCAAGGUUUUCUUCCUGGCAUUGUGUUGAAGCUCUUCCUUAUCUUCCUACCAACAAUAUUGAUGAUCAUGUCUAAAUUUGAAGGCUUCAUAUCUCUAUCAUCUUUGGAAAGGAGAUCAGCAACGAGAAAUUCUAUUUUCCUCAUUAUCAAUGUAUUCCUUGGGAGCAUACUCACUGGAGCUGCAUUUGAACAGCUAAAUUCUUUUAUUAAGCAGUCUGCUAACGAAAUUCCUAAAACAAUUGGUGUAGCUGUUCCAAUGAAAGCAACUUUCUUUAUAACCUAUAUAAUGGUUGAUGGAUGGGCUGGGAUUGCUGGGGAAGUGUUAAUGUUGAAACCACUGAUAUUCUACCACUUGAAAAAUUUCCUUUUGGUGAAGACUGAAAAGGACAGGGAAGAGGCAAUGGAUCCUGGAAGUCUCGGUUUUAACACCGGUGAACCCCGUAUACAAUUAUAUUUUCUGCUAGGGCUUGUAUAUGCCACAGUGACACCAGUUCUCCUUCCAUUCAUAAUUAUUUUCUUUGCCUUCGCCUUUGCAGUGUUCCGUCAUCAGAUCAUAAAUGUUUACAACCAAGAGUAUGAAAGUGGUGCAGCAUUCUGGCCUGAUGUCCAUGGGCGUGUUAUUACUGCACUAGUAAUCUCGCAGCUGGCUCUGAUGGGACUGAUGAGUACAAAAGAAGCUGCACAGUCAACACCAUUCCUCAUUGCUCUCCCUGUCCUCACUAUAUGGUUUCAUAUGUUCUGCAAUGGACGCCACAAAUCUGCAUUUGUCAAAUAUCCAUUACAGGAAGCAAUGAUGAAAGAUACCCUGGAACGAGCAAGGGAUCCGAACUUUAAUCUGAAAGCCUACCUUCAGAGUGCUUAUGUUCAUCCAGUUUUCAAAGUUGAUGAUGAUGAUAUUGAUGAAGACGACCUUCUGAGCGGAAAGAUGGAAACUGAGAGUGUCUUAGUGCCUACAAAGCGCCAAUCACGAAGAAAUACACCAGCACCAAGCAAAAUCAGCGGGGGAUCCUCACCAUCUUUGCCCGAGACAGUUAAAAAUGGAGAGCCAUGAAACAGAGAUCGUUAAAUAUGACACGUGCAUGACCACACCUCGCUGUACAUUAGACACAAUCCAUUGCCAGGAGACAGUGAUCUGUUGUAAACUUAACGAGUCAAGAUAGCAAAGUUCGUUCUAUAGAGAGAAAGGGAAGAAGGGCCUGCUGAAAUUUCUGAAACGAAAUAAAGUUCUGGAUUUUGUGGCAACGAAUGGCCCUUCAUACUUCAAAGACAGAUGUAGAUGAAUGUUAGCAUGUUCAAGAGUAGAUAUUGUGUGGAUUUCUAAAUGUUGGUUUACACAACUAUACAUGUUGGUCGCCGUAUUCAAUGAAAAGAUCUCCUCCUCAUAGCUUGGGCUCUUC